AUUGUUUAGUACUUUUAAACUGCAACUCAGUAUUUUGAAAGUUUGUUUACAUCGUAAGAAAAAAAGUUUUGUUGUCACCGUAAUAUUAACAAAAUAAUUAGCAUUUUAUUAAAAUAGUAAAUAGCAAAAGUUUAAACAUGUCUAUGUUGCCAUUUUUUCCCUCCUUACGGCCUCCCAUAGCCAAUCGUAUAUGGUUUGAUAGUGCUCCCAUUAACGAGGAGGCCGAAGUACUUAAAUAUGAACGUGAACAUCAUAGUUGGUUAGAUGCCAUGAAGAAUGCCGCUGCCGAUUUACAUCCUUUGGGAAAAGUUUUAACAAUGCCUGGGCUUGAAACGGAUGAUGAAGAUGCCAAUGAUGAUAGUGAUGAUUCUGAUAGCCAUGAUGAUGAAGAUGAUGACACCAAUGACCGAGCAAUACCCGGUUUGCCAGAACGUUCUGCUUUAGGCUUAUAUUCACCAGGAGAGGAAAUGAACUUAAAUGAUGACAUACCAAUAGUUGUUGGCCCGGGAUCUCAAUAAAAAUUUGUAAAAUAUUUUUAUUUUCAAAGUAAAUUGUAAUAAAUUUUGAAUUUGCAAAUAGA